AUGAGAUUCCUUACAUUUGCUGCGUUGGUUUCAUUCGGCGUCCAGGUGGUAGUGGGGGCGACCACCACCACCACCUCGGCGGCAGCGUCCACGGAGACACCUCCCUUAUGCGGUCUGAAAUGCAUCCAACAAGAAACACUGCAGUCGACGUGCUCCCUCACGAAUGCCACCUGUAUCUGUACCAACGUUGAGUUGAAUGCGAAGAUCUCGCUCUGCGUGCAUGAGAGCUGUACGGUACGAGAGGCACUGCUUGUGCAAAGUUACUCCAAGCACACAUGUAAUGCGCCAUCAAGAGACCGAACGAAAGAAGUAUGGGUCAUUGGUGUUGUGUUCCUCGUACUCGGCCUUUUGGGCUUCGGUUUGAGAGUGAUGGCCAGACUAUGCCUCGGUGCCCAGACAUGGGGACCUGACGACUGGGUCAUGUUGAUUGCUGUGGGCAUGAUGAUACCCCUCAACGCAUUGUCCAUUCCCAUUUCGCAAGUUGCUCUUGGAAAAGACAUGUGGAAUGUCAGUCCUGAUGACGUCACGAAGUUUCUCUACCUGUUUUACUGGGACGAGUUGCUUUACCUGGGAGCAUUGCCAGUCACCAAGAUCUCGAUCUUGCUAUUCUAUCUCAAGAUCUUUCCCCGCAGGGAGAUCAGAAUUGCGACAUACGUUAUGAUCGGACUCAAUGUGGCGUACUUUAUUGUCUUCGAGCUGAUCUCGAUCUUUCAAUGCCGGCCUAUCGAUGGUGCGUGGAGGGCAUGGGACGGAGAGUACCAGGCCAAGUGCAACAACAUCAACAUUCAGGGAUGGGCAGCGGCAGUCUUCAACAUCCUUCUUGAUCUCGGUACCAUGAUUCUCCCUCUGGGUGAGCUUUACAAGCUCUCAAUGUCCAUGAAGAAGAAGAUCCAGAUCAUGCUCAUGUUCAGCGUCGGUUUCUUUGUCACCAUUGUCAGUGUUGUCAGACUGCAGUCUCUGGCCAGCUAUGCCACCACCAGCAACGUCACCCAGGAUUAUGUGGAGGUCGGCUACUGGAGUACCAUCGAGGUCCCAGUCGGCAUCAUCUGCGCAUGCAUGCCCGCGAUUCGCUCUUUGUUCAGUCUGGUCUUCCCCAAGGUUUUCGGGACUACACAGCAAAAGUCCAACUACGCCAAUCUCUCGGGUUCAAACCAGAAGCCUCUGUCAAGUUCGAACAAACUUUCUUCGAAGGCGUCCUCUCUCAAGGCGAUCCGAGUCAAGAAGGAGUUCACGAUCAGGUCAAAACGUGGAGACGACGCGUCAUUCAUCGAGCUCAACCACACACCAUUCACGAACGAACACUCAUCAUCGCGGCCAUCAUCCGACAGGAAAUUGGCCACACCACAUGAAUCUGUUGCGGUUCCUUGGAGGGCACCCAAGAACCAGGCUCGCCAUGAUCCCUUCAUCGGCAGGCGUGCUGACAACGGCACUCUCGAUGACUAUGACUAUGUCAUCGUUGGAUCUGGCCCUGGUGGUGGCCCGGUGGCUGCUAACCUCGCCAUUGCUGGCUUCAAGGUGCUCUUGAUCGAUGCCGGUGGUGACUCUGGCGAUAGCUGGACGGAGAAGGUCCCGGCCAUGCAUCUCAUGUCGACCGAAUUUGAGGACACCAGGUGGAACUAUUUCGUCAACCACUACCCCGAUCUCGAGCAGCAGAAGCGCGAUUCGAAGAUGACGUAUCAGAUGCCUGAUGGCAGCUUCUACGUUGGUCUUGAGCCCCCGGCUGAGGCUGACCCUCUCGGUGUCUGGUAUCCUCGCACAGGAACCUUGGGCGGCUGCUCUCGUCACAACGCCCUCAUCAGUAUCGCAGCCCACGACUCUGACUGGGACAACAUCGCCACUCUCACCGGUGACGAUUCCUGGAGCGCAACGAACAUGAGAGAACACUUCAAGAAGAUUGAGAACGCUCAGUACCUGCCUAACAGCGUUGUCGGCCACGGCUUCUCUGGCUGGCUCGGUCUUUCUCUGACUUCGCUGUCCCUUGUCGUUGAGGAUCAAAAGCUAUUGUCCUUGAUCAUUGCCGCCGGAACCGCCAUGGGCAAGUCCCUCCUCACCGCUCUCGUCAGCACCGUUGUUGGACUUGGCCAGGUGUUGCUUCGUGAUAUCAACGCUCCUGGCCAGGCUAGCCAGACUGGUCUCUACCAGGUUCCUCUGGCCAUGACCGACUCUAUUCGUGGCGGUCCUCGCGACCUUAUCCUGAACACUGCCAACGCCGUGAACUCUGAUGGUUCUCGCAAGUAUCACCUUGACGUCAAGCUGAACACCCUGGUUACCAAGAUCAACUUUGACCAGAGUGGCGACAAGCCCCGCGCUACUGGUGUUGACUUCAUGGAGGGCGCGAGCCUGUACCGUGCUGACCCCCGUUCCGGAUCGGCCACCUCAACUGGUACCGGUAGUGUCAGUGCUAAGAAGGAGGUCGUCAUCUCUGCGGGUGCCUUCAACACCCCUCAGCUUCUAAAGCUCAGCGGUGUUGGUCCCAAGAAGGAGCUUGAGUCUUUCAACAUCACCACUAUCGUCGACCUUCCCGGUGUCGGAACGAACAUGCAGGAUCGCUAUGAGGCUACCGUGAUCGGCAAGACCACCAGCGACUUCGUCAUCACUUCUAAGUGCACCUUUGGAGAGACGUCUCCUGAUCCUUGCCUCGAGCAGUACCAGAAGGGUCUCGAGCCCAUCAGCAAGGGAGUCUACGCCACCAACGGUAUCGCCAUCGCCAUCAUUCUCAAGUCUUCCGUCGCCGAGGAUGAGCCUGAUCUGCUCGUUUCUGGUGCCCCCGCGAAGUUCAAAGGCUACUUCCCCGGCUAUGCCUCCGAUUCUCUUGCCGACGCCCAGCACUGGGCUUGGAUCGUCUUGAAGGCCCACAGCCGCAACAACGCCGGUACCGUCACUCUCAAGUCAACUGAUCCCCGUGAUAUGCCUCUCAUCAACUUCAACUACUACGACGCGGGAGUCAACAGCGCUGGUGAGGCCGACAAGGAUCUUCAGGCCACCUACGAGGGCUUCGAGUUCGGUCGCCGCGCGUUCUCUGACCUGAUUCCCCUUGAUGGAAGCUUCCCUGAAGUCUGGCCUGGAACCAAUGUCACCAGUGAGGAUGCCACCAAGCAGUUCUUGAAGGACGAGACGUGGGGACACCACGCUUCGUGCACCUGCCCCAUCGGACCCGACAGCGACCCCAACGCGGUCCUUGACUCCGAGUUCAAGGUUCGCGGCACUGAGGGACUGAGAGUUGUUGAUGCCAGUGUCUUCCCCAAGAUCCCUGGUUUCUACAUUGCCUUGCCCCUGUAUAUCGUUUCCGAGAAGGCCAGUGAGGUCAUCAUCAAGGCCGCUCAAAGCUCUGCCUGA